ACCUUUCUGUUGGGGAUCUUCGGAGAGAGGAACCGGAAAAGAAGUGGGACCCUUUGCCACUAUGUGGGGAGGCUGGAAGCUGAACUUCUUUGGGGGUCGCUUUUUAAGAGUGCUUGGGUCUGGGUGCCGGGGCACACAGGCGGAGCGUCUUCGCCUAAUUUCCUGGGCGGAGAAUCAGCCCACUUGGACUCUACAAAUUAAACCAUGGGUUUUCAAUGAAUACAAAACCAUGUGGUUCAAAUCCUGUAGGAUGACCUUUUCCUGUUUGAAUAGAAUAAAAAAUUACAGGUCCCCUUGGAAAAGACUGUAUAGUACUUCACAGUCCACAGUUGACAGCAGUGAGGUAAAAACCUUCCGGGCCCUGGCUCAUAAGUGGUGGGAUGAACAAGGAGUAUAUGCUCCUCUUCAUUCUAUGAACGACCUGAGGGUGCCAUUUAUUAGAGACAAUCUUUUGAAAACAGUUGCUAAUCACCAACUAGGAAAACCUUUGUCUGGGAUGAAGAUUCUUGAUGUUGGCUGUGGUGGUGGAUUAUUAGCUGAACCUCUAGGGCGAUUAGGUGCUUCAGUUGUUGGAAUAGAUCCUGUGGAUGAAAAUAUUAAAACAGCACAGCACCAUAAAUCAUUUGAUCCAGUCCUGGAUAAGAGGAUAGAGUACAGAGUAUGUUCUCUGGAAGAAAUUGUGGAAGAGAAGGCAGAAACUUUUGAUGCUGUUAUAGCUUCUGAAGUUAUAGAACAUGUGAAUGAUCUAGAAACAUUUAUACAGUGCUGCUGUCAAGUGUUAAAACCUGGCGGUUCUUUGUUCAUUACUACAAUCAACAAAACACAACUGUCAUAUGCUUUGGGAAUUGUUUUUUCAGAGCAGGUUGCAGGUAUUGUACCAAAGGGUACUCAUAUAUGGGAGAAGUUUGUUUCACCUGAAAUGCUAGAAAGCAUUCUGGAAUCAAAUGGUCUGUCAGUUCAAACUGUGGCAGGAAUGCUGUAUAACCCCUUCUCAGGUUACUGGCAUUGGAACAAAAAUACCAGCCUUAACUAUGCAGCUCAUGCUGUGAGAUCCAUGGUACAGGAACACACAGUGCCUGCUGCUAAUGCUGCCACCAGCCCAGGUGUGCACGAAGAGCUGAAGAAAUGAAUUGUUUCUGAGGACUGUAGUAUUAGGGCUGAAAGUCUGAUGUUUACAGAUUCAAAAAAUAUACAACUUAUAUUUUGAGAGAGAAUCAUAAAUAAAAGAAGGUCGUUAAAAGAGCUAAA